GUCGGCAAUAGAUCAAAAACGCGAACAUACCGAAGGGACACUUUAAUUUUGAACAUUUCAACCUAGACAUGGUUGAUUUAUUCAUGUGGCUGUUCCCAAUAUGGAUUUGAAUUUGAAUGCGAUGAAAUCAGCUUAAAAAGAAAAGCAACUUUAAUUGACCGGAUAGAAUGAUUGAAAGACGGAGACUUAAAUAAAAGUGGGCGCCCUAUUUGCAUAGUAAUUAUGCAAACUGGAAAAAAAAUAACAGAGCAUUCUUUUGAAAAAUAGGCAUUUUUUCAAGAUACAAACGACAAAUCUUGUCUUAUCUUCCUCGACUUGGGGGUCCAAAACAAAGGCAACGCACACUGAGCAGGAGAAAGCAGCGAAUUGAACAGAAAAUUUCGUUGAGUGUUUACAAAUUAUCCUUGAAAAUGAAGAGCAAAAUGCUCUAUGGGGCAGUUCGUUAAGAAUCAGCGUCAACAUCGUAUUUUGAGGGGAAAUGUCAAAAACAUUUGUUCACGUUUAAGAUGAUAAAUGCUUGACAAACAAAAUAGUGGCAGCAUUACGGAUGCAAAACCUUAAGGUUAACCGCCUAAUCAUGGACAAGAGUGUAAAAGGAAAUAUUUAACCCGCGAAAGAAUUCCUUCCCUCGAGAGUUGAACCGUAUCAAAAAAAUGUAGGUUUUCUUUGUUUUUGCACCAUUGAAAACACAACAUUUGCUGUUUCUAUCGAUGGAGUAAAUUUAAUUCCCACCAGCAAUAAAAUAUUUAUCGAUGUCACUACUUUCCGUGAGCCAAUGAGGAAGAAGUUGGACAAAUGCCUCAGAAAGCCGUGUGAAUUUCUAAUGAAACCACCCACGAAAUGUGAAAAGAAUUUCGCACUCUCGCCAUUACGUUAAAAAUUUGCCUUCGCGACCGUCGCGGAAGGUGUCUUUACAGCGAUCUGGCUUCGCACACAGGAGUGAUGCUUCUCUCAGAGAUUCUCAAAUGCUUUCGAGCCCCGCUGAGUGAAGACCAAGCUUUGGCUGUGUGUUAUCAAAGUGCAAAGGAAUUGAUCGCCAUUCGGAAAGAAAGCUUCGGGGCUUUAAUACGGCAGAAAAUCGGCAUUGAACUCUCAGCUAUAGAAAUUCGCAAAGAUGGCAGCGUUUUCUUCGGCAAAAUAGAAGAAUCUUCCGUGGUUCAAGAAGAGUCCGCUGUGCUUUUCGAUUUGGGAAGCGUUGUAUACGAGUGCCUUGAUUACGGCAUGGAGGCGUUUGUGGAGCGACAACUCGACGAAAAACUCGAGAAACUCAUUUUGGACAUGACGAAUUGCGACCAAGGUGACGAGGGCGUCUCGCUUCCAGAAAACUAUCAUUUCGAUUUGCCGAGCCCAAGCGAAAGGCUUCCAUCGAAACAACAAAGAAAUUGCUCCAUAAAAGAUCAAGGGAUCAAAAGUGGGGACAUCACGCUGGAGGCUGUUUUGAACCGGUGUGCUAGCCACCUGCCUGGGGACAUUAUCGACCCCGGCGAGCAUUUUCGCGCUGUUUGUCGAGCGCUGGUCAACGAAGUCGCCGAAUUGUCCGCGUUUCUUCACCAACUUUGCAAUGGACGCGCACUUGUCGCUCAAACGUGGGGCCGAGGUGUAGGGCCGACAAACUGGGCGUUCUUGCAAAGCUUGCAAGCAGCAGAAUGGGCGCAGUUGUGGCUGCAAGUUAUGAGGGAGCUGCGACAGGGAGUGAGCUUACGACAUGUCGAUCGCGCGAAAUUACCGCCCAUCACAUACGAGCUCUCGCCUUAUGAAAUCCUCCUUAAGGAUAUACGCUCCAAGCGCCACACAUUGAAUCACGUCGCCAUCACCGCUCAAGUAAAGAAGGACGCUCACGAUAUGAUCUUGGAGUUUAUUCGCUCGAGACCUCCGCUGUCGAAGGCAAGUCUUCGCAAGAUGAAGCAACACCCAAAGAAGAGCCCGAGUUUGCACGAUAAGUUAUUGAAUGAGAUCCGAUCAUCUCCGAAGCUGAAACCUUCGCCGAGACCAGUCUUAAAGAGCGUGAGGGAGAUCUACUUCGAGGAACAGACUGGCGUCUCUUUCACCGAGAUGGAUUUCACACCACCUAAACGGAAAUGUCUCAAGCCAGCGAUCAGAUUAACGGAGUUGAUAAACCGCUGGGACUCGACAUCUACCGUCGAGAUCGACGAACCAUCGCCGAACAUCAGCCGAUCGUCGACACCACUGAUAACGGUGGCCGACGAAGAUGAAUGCAUCGACGGCAACGUGCUUAGUAAACCGGCGGAAAUCUUCGGAAACGUGAGGCGGGCCAGCAACUCUAGCGACUCGAGUUUUCUGUCGUUCGAUGACGAGGACUGCAUCAAGAACAGAAAUUUCAACAGCUUUGAAAUGAGCGACGUCGAAUGCGACCCAGUCUUCCCUCCGUCUCUCAACAAUCUGCGCACUGUCACCAUCACGUCCAAAAUCCUCAUGACCCUGACGGAGGUAAAGCACAUGCGCAGAACAUUGGCUUUACUAGACUUGGGCGCCUUAGAUCCUGAACAAAGGCUCUACAAAGAUCUGGCCAAUGGCAGGCUGUGUUUCUGCUGCCAGUCCAGGAAAUUCUCCAUAUUUGGAAAAUGGUCGCGGGUGUGUGAAAUCUGCGAGUGUAAAGUGUGUUAUUCAUGCAUCCAUGUCGUGGGAAGUUCAUCGAGUUACAUUUUCCAGGAAGACGUCAGCUUGAAUCAAAGAGAUUCUGGCAUUGCGGACAUGUCCUGGCCAUUCGUGGGCUACCUUAAUUUUGGCGGAGAAUCGGAGGAGGGUAAAAUGCACAAGAUUUGCUUGGCUUGUAAACGAUUCAUAAUUAUGCAUUGCUAAAUAUUGAAACAAUUUAGGUAAUCUCAUGUCGAGCAGCUGUAGUAAACAAAAACAAAAAAGUAAACAGAAAACAAGAAAACAAGAAAACAAACAAACAAACAAAAAAACAAAACAAAACAAUAAAACUUUUGCCACAGAUGUAAACACCAAUAGCUUAUAUGUGAGGCGUUGCACCUUAAAUUUAGAACGUGCUAGCUGGAGCUUAUAAGGCAUUGAGACAUAUAGGCAAUUGCUUCAUUUUCCCUCUUAAUUCAGAUUAUUCAAGCAUUACGUUUGAAAAGGAGUAGAAUGAAAGUAAACGAUCGAUUCAUCUAGAUGCGACGACGCAGUAAAUGCUGAGUUAAAGUUUCACAGAAGUCUGAUAUUGGUGGCAAAUUAGUCUCUAGAGAAAAACAAAGUAUUUUCCAAAAUGGUUCUAAGCAGAAUUAAUUCAAUAUUCUGUAAAUUAGUGGAACAUAUAUGACCAGUGUGAGUUUCAGAUACGCGAUAAAUUUAUAAUUUGUCAUUGUGUCCCUCUUCCAAAGAGGUUUGUUCAUAAUAUUGAGUGUAUAAAUGCUUUUCCAAUCAGUGAUGUAUUUACCAUGGUGAGAUUGUACGAUUCCAAUUGCAAAGUUUGAUUAAUUUCUUUACAAUGUAUAGAAAUGCUGUAACAGAUAAACGUUUCAGUUGUAAUUAUAGGAAAUUUUUCUCUGCCAUAUAUCUAGAUAUUAAUGCAAAUUACGCCUCAAGUCGCCCAAGGGUUUGGCUAAAUUAUGGUAUUCAUUUACGUGGAAAUUAUUGAAUUAGUGAACGUCAAUAAAAUUCAAAGUAUUAAUGGCAUUGUUCUAAAUGCGCAUAACAUUCUGAGAUUUCGUAAGACGUAAUUAUUCCAGUUUGUUUCAAUUCGCAUAUUAGUCAAUUUAGGAGUGGUAAAAAUUAAAAAAAGUCAAUUACAAUUCAGUUUCAAAAGUAUCAAAUUUAACAUGUGGCCGGAUGACCUCAACAUUAAGAUAACUAUUCAUGGUUAAUCAAUAUUGUAAACAUAUUGCGGAUGACAAAGUAAGAAAAUGUAUUCUGUACAUAUUUCAGUUUAUUUAUUUAUUUAUUUAUUUAUUUAUUGUUUGAUUUAACAUGUCCUAUAACUCUGCAUAGAGCCUUUAUUUUUCGAAAACAAUUAAAUCUAUGAUUCGGCUUCUACAACUAUAAUUGUGACCCAUAAAAUGUAUGAGUGGUGGCUUGACAGUUAGGUGUUAGGUCUUCGGGGCCAUGUGUGAAAUAAAACUGAACAUUUUCUAGAUGGUGUGAGCUUCAAUGUUUCAGUUUACUAGUACUUCCCUUAUAAGUGAGAAACGUGCCUAGUUCCUAAUCCUCGAUCAUAUUUCUCCGCGGUCAAUCUGUUCGAGUCGCGUAGUGUGAGAAAAAAAAGUGAGUUCUUUCCCACGCCGUUCUUCUCGGAUACGUCACCGAAAUCAACUGAACGUGAGGGCUUGGAGGAAAACCUUCUAGUGGACUGGUCAUUAUUUAUUACCUGGGGAGUGUCGGAGGAUUUUCGGCUGAAGACAGUAACAUUUAGUUGAUCCCCCCUUUAAAUGUUAUUUUAUUGAAGUGAUCCCGCCUCAUAGCUAAAUUUCGUGAUACCCCUCAAUGUCUUCGCACACAUAUUCACCUUUCGACGUGUAUAUUUAGUGCUUUUAUCGGUCAUAUGAAAAUAAUAUUUCUAACUAUGCUGCUGAAUUACAGAUUAAUAAAGCCGCCAUGGUGCAGACUCUUGAUCUGUGUCUUCCCGAGAUCUGAUCAGGGUUCUUAGCAGAAGUUUUCACAGGCGUCCAAUAAAGCGUAACAGGCGGCAUAAAUUAAAGCGAGCCCGAUACUACCGAAGGGGCAAGCCAACUUAGGGAGGUCCGGGGCUGUGCUCCCCGGAAAAUGUUGAACUUGUAGUUUGCUAAAGAUGCGAUUUCAUGCACUUUGGGAGGCAAAGUGUUACGGAAAAUGAGUUGUUUAUGAUCAUAAAAUGGGACGUAGCAAGUAGCGCUGUUUCACUUUUUAAAUACUAUUUUCUUCUUGAAGCGUCUCAGUCUGUAAGUCUUAAUUUAUUGUUACAUGUGUACAAAUUUUAAUGACCGGAACAGGUGGCUACAUUCGAUUUUACAGCCACUGGAAUUCCACCGCUCUACUGAAAACACUGUGACUGAUGUCAGUUGACGUACCAGUAACUAACCAGCCCAAGUGCUCGGAAACUGCAAAGUUACUUUUUAGAGUGCCAAAUAGCCGUCCACCAAGUUUGUAUGGGCAUGUGACAUUUAGUGAUCCUUCCCGCUUUUGGACUCUCAGUUAUGAUUGAUCUCCCCUUCUGUCGUCCUAAAAAUCCAAUGAUCCCCCCCAAAAUACUCCGCCCCCCUCCCCCCACAGGCGAUAAAUAAUGACCGGUCCCUAGGAACUAGGCAAGUGAAAUGUAUGAUCAAGGUAAAGUCUGCGUUCGAACCCGGUGGCCCCCGGCCGGGUUUCUCCGGCACGAAGUGACUAGGAGUAACUAUUUUCCCCUUGGAUGGGAUGCUAGUCCAUCGCAGGAUUACCCCCUGCAUUAAAUCAGCUGGUACCCAUUUAACUAGCUAGCUUAAUUAGCUAGCUCAAUAGCUUUAGCUGCUGUACACCCGCCACUGGAGCUGAGUGUGCACGGCUGGAAGUUACUGGGCAUUUAUGUACGGAUCGAGCGAUCCAGGUUCGAGCCCUGGCCGGGGACAUUGUGUUGUGUUCUUGGGAAGAACACGUUACUCUCACAGUGUCUCUCUCCACUCAGGUGUAUAAAUGAGUACUUUGGCUGGGGGUAACCGUGCGAUGGAGUAGCAUCCCCUCCGGGGGUGGGGGUGUAGAAAUACUCCUAGUCACUUCAUGCUACAGAAACCAGGAUAAGCUCCGGCCUGAUGGGCAACUUGGCUCGUAUACAGACUAUACAUACCAUGUUCGGAUGUUGUGUGUCCGUUGCAAUCACGGCCCCCCUGCUCAGAUUUAAAUAUUUUCUAUUUUUCAUGCCAUCAUGUUCUAAACUAAAUAGAAAAUAAUUUUCCUAUGUUUUCUAAGAAAAUGAUGCUCUUUUGAGGCCUAGAAAACUGCGGAACGCUCUCGAGUUCCGGUUGCGCGUCCAAUGUCAGUUUUUCUAGACCUCAAGCGCGCAUUAUUUUUUUUAGAGAACAUGGAAAACCAUAUUUUUUUCUGAAUAUAUGUACCGUUUUGCAUAGCUAUAUAAUUUUGGACAGAAGAAAGAGAAGAGCGUUGCCUGGAUUACAAUUUGACAGAUGCAUCGGGAUUUAGGUCUCGCCAACACUACGCCUGCUAAACUUGAAAACGUAACGAUUGUCGGUCAUUUUGGAUUUGUGUUUGAGGAAAACUCUGUCAGGGAAAUCACAUAAUUAUCGUUACGCCAUCGUUUUCGAAAAGCUCCGUUUUCAAAAUGUUUCCGUUCACACGAAAACGUAAAGCUCACGUUUUCAAAUUCCUCUGGUUUGAA